AUGGCGGUGGCGGUGCUGCGGCCGCUGGAUGCCCCGCCGGCGGAGCUGGCGCCGGCCACCGCGCUGCUGCUGGCGCCGCCCCCGCUGUGCGCGGCGCUUCGCGGCCGGGGCGGCGGGCUGGUGCUGGCGGUGCGGCCGGCAGGGCGCGUUGGGGCGCAGGCCGUGCUGCUGAGCGCCGUGGCGCUGGAGGCGGGCGGGCGGCGGGGCGCGGAGCUGUGGUUGCGCGGGGCCCUGCUGCGGCGGCUGGGGCUGGCGGCCGGCCGGCGGGUGGCUGUGUGGCCGGUGCGCCGGCCGCCGGCGCUGGCCUGGGUGCUGCUGGGGGCGGUGGGUCGGGCGGGGCGGCCGGCGGGCGGCGCGGUGCUGGUGCGGCGGGGCGAGGCGCUGCCGGGGCCCGGCCCGGGCCCGGGCCCGCUGGUGCUGGAGGCGCGGCCGGCGCUCCAGGGGUUGCUGGGCAACGCCACGCGCACCGCCCUCGCCCCUCCGCCGCCGCGCGAUCCCGCAGCCCCCGGCGCCCCCUGCCGGCGCCCCGCAGCGCCGCCCCUCGUCUCCCGCUUCGCUGCCGCCGGGCCCGGGGGGAGAGAGGCGGUGGAACCGCGGCUGCGGGCGGCCCCCGCCGGUGGGGCUGGCGGUGGCGGGGCGGAGGUGUGGGUGAGCCGGCGCGGGCUGCUGGCGCUGGGGCUCUUCCAGGGGGAGUGGGUGCGGGUGGCUGCCGAGGGGACGGCCCACGAGCAUCUGGCGGCGCUGCUGGCCCGGCCGCCCCCAUGGGAGUACCCGCGGGCCGCCCGCCGCAGCCCGGGCGAUGGUGCCGCCCUGAUGUCCCCUGCCCUGGCCUUCAACUUGGGCUGCGACCUUGCCGCCGCCACACAGCUCCGCCUGCGGCGCUACGAGAGAUCCGGCGCCUCUGAUGGGACGGGCAGCCGGUCCCUGCUGUCCGUGCCCCCCUUUGCCAAGGAGCUGCACCUAGAGACCGUCUGCUCACCGGCCUACAGCAGCCGGGGAGGCUAUGGGGACGUCCUCUACAAGCACUUCGAAACACCCCGGCUUGUCCAGGAGGGAGACAUCCUAUGUGUUCCAACAUAUGGAUAUGCUGAGUUUUUAGAACUAAAUGCAGACAAAUUCCUAAGAUGGCCAGAGCUUUACUUCAAAGUGAAGAAGAUUGUAGGUAUGGUGGAAGGCGAGCAGUCUGAGGGUUUUCUGGUGGACACCCAGAACACCUCUCUCUAUCUGGUGGGUUCAACAAACAGUGCUGUCCCAUCUGCCCCAGCCUAUAACAACCAUGAGUUCUGGAGCAGUUUGUCUCCUGCUGGACUUUCAGAUACUGUGAAGCAGCUCUGUGAUAUUCUUCGGCCUCACCUGAAUAAUCAGACAAGUGUGCUGAGUGGGGCUGGCUGCAUUCUCCUCUCAGGGCCAAGUGGCAGUGGGAAACUGAUGGCUGUCAGAGCUGUGUGUAGCUGCCUCAACCUCCACCUCUUCAAGGUUGAUUGUGUUAGUUUGUGCAGUGAUACCAGUGGAGCCACGGAGGAGAAAGUACAGAUGGCCUUCUCCCAGGCCCAGCAGUAUCAUCCAUGUGUGCUCCUGCUGAAAGACAUUGAGGUGCUUGGCAGAGACCGGGACAGGCUAGGAGAGGAUCCCAGGGUUGUCGCUACUCUGAGACAGCUGCUCCUGAGCAGAGACCCAGCACUGAGCCACCCUGUCCUGGUGAUUGGCACAACCUGCAAGCCCAAGGAUGUUCCUACAGAUAUACAGACUGCUUUUCUUCACGAGGUGAAAAUUGAAGCCCCUUCGGAAGAGGAGAGGAGGUUGAUGCUGAGUAUGCUGACUGCCAGUCUGCCUCUGGGUAAAGAAGUGAGCCUAUCCAAGCUGGCCCGCAGGACUGCAGGUUUUGUGCUUGGAGAUUUCUGUGCCUUGUUGUCCCACAGCAGCCGAGCUGCUUGUACCCGUAUCCAGGCCCUGAGUUUUCCAGGUGGACUCAACGAGGAAGCAGAGAGAGAUUUUUGCACUGCUGGGUUCCCAGUGCUUGAGGAGGAUUUUAGUGCUGCACUGGAACAGCUGCACAACACCCAUUCAAAGGCAGUGGGAGCCCCAAAGAUCCCCUCUGUGUCCUGGCAGGAUGUUGGUGGACUCCAGGAAGUGAAAAAGGAGAUCCUGGACACUAUCCAAUUGCCCCUGGAGCACCCGGAGCUGCUGUCACUGGGUCUUUGCCGCGCUGGUCUGCUGUUGUAUGGCCCUCCAGGGACAGGGAAGACCUUGCUGGCAAAAGCUGUGGCAACCACAUGUGCCAUGACAUUCCUUAGUGUGAAAGGGCCAGAGCUCAUCAACAUGUAUGUUGGACAGAGUGAGGAGAACGUGCGUAACGUGUUUGCCAGAGCCAGGGCAGCUGCUCCCUGCAUUAUCUUCUUUGAUGAACUGGAUUCCCUAGCUCCCAGUCGUGGGUGGAGUGGAGAUUCAGGGGGUGUCAUGGACAGAGUUGUCUCACAGCUCCUGGCUGAGCUUGAUGGUCUUCAUUCUACUGGAGAGGUGUUUGUCAUUGGAGCUACAAACAGGCCUGACCUCCUGGACCCAGCUCUGCUACGGCCAGGCAGGUUUGACAAGCUGGUCUAUGUGGGCAUAAACGAAGACCGGGAGUCACAGCUGCAGGUGCUAAAUGCCAUCACCAGGAAGUUUAAACUGGAUCCUUCUGUGAAUCUCAUCACCAUCUUAGACAAAUGCCCAUCUCAGAUGACAGGAGCAGACAUCUAUGCCCUGUGCUCAGAUGCCAUGAUGUGUGCUGUCAAACGCAAGGUGGAAUGGAUUGAGGAAGGGCUGGAUACUGAAAACUCUGCACUGAUCCUGACCAUGGAAGAUUUCCUGCAGGCUGCUGCGAAGUUGCAGUCAUCAGUCUCUGAGCAGGAGCUGCUCAGAUACAGACUCAUCCAACAGAAAUUUGCUGCUUGAUAAUGUUAAACAGAGCUUGGGACUGGAGGGGUGAUGGGGACAGUGCAUUAAGGGGUGCUAGAGAACAGGCACACACAGGCACCCACUUGCUCUUCCCUGAUGUCUCCUAAGUCCCUGUAUUUUGAGCUUGGAUGAAAAAGUGGAUGAGCAGUUUCUCGAGCCAAAGCCUGGUGGAAGUGCUGCUCUGCUCCUCCAAGCUAGUGGUGGGUUCUGUAACUGUCCCUUGUGUUUUGGGGAGCAUUCUGUGACUGCUGGGAGCAUCCCGAGUUGAUGUCUUGAGGAUGAGGAAGCCAAGUCUCAUCGCUGUAGGCAAUGCAAGGAGUGUCUUCAUGAGGACAGAGCACUGGUGGCGAAGCAAGGCCAAAACUGCACCCAAUUUGGCAGCAAGAAGAGGGCAAUUGCUUUCUUGGGUGCUAGACCCUCAGUGAGGGGUGCUGGACAGAGAGCAGCAGGACACAGGGCACUGAUACUGCAGUUGGCCGGGGCUUGACAUGGUCUCUCUGAAUAAAUAGAGGCAUUUAAUGAAUUGGUAUUCGUUA